AUGGGACGUAGAAAAAUAGCCAUCGAGCCCAUAACGGAUGAGCGAAACAGGACCGUAACGUUUAUCAAGCGGAAAGCCGGACUGUUCAAAAAAGCGCAUGAGUUAGCCGUGCUGUGUCAAGUUGACGUGGCUGUACUUAUUUUGGGUUCAAACAACACGUUUUACGAGUUCUCAUCGGUUGAUACAAAUGACCUAAUCGACCAUUACCAGAAUUCUCAUCUUCCUCAUGAUGUCAAGGGACCUGCGAACUAUGGAAAUUAUCGCAAGAAAGACCGUGUGGUUAUGCACGAUAAGUCUAGGAAACGAACAGCGCGCGCUUCGCCCGAGCUGCACGUCGAAGGUGAAGACGAAGAGGAAGAAGAUGACAAUGGGCCGGACGAAGGAGAGGAUGAAGACGAAUACAACAACGAAAAUGAAGACGAGGCAUCCAAGAGUCACCGAGGUGUCAAGAAUGAGGAUGAAGACUCUGAGACGGGAGAAAAUAGCGUGCCACACAUGCAGCCCGCCAAGAAAAAACUCAAGAAAGGUGUCCCCUCAACGUCAGCCGCCUCCUUUCCCAGAACAUCACCUCACCCGACAUUCAAUUCACUUCAGCAGCAAGUUCAACGGCAGUUCCAUAACCUGUAUGCGGUUGCGUCGCAUCCUGAAGCCACAAACUCCAAUUUUUCGCCUUUCAACACACAACCAAAUGGCUCAUUUUCUAGAACUCCUUUACCCAACGUAUACUCUCAGACGCCACAGGCACUUCUUCCAGGAUUUAGUGCAAUGCCGAAAAAUGAGAUUGAAGGGUCGGCUAUGGUACAUCCCAGUCCCAAUACGGGUCUGCGUUCGAAUUCUAUCCCUGUCAGUCUAGGGCUAAAGCAUAAAGAGAGCACAGAGACUAGGGAUUCAAAUCCGACAGCGGCGCCUAAAGUGGGCACAACAACGGAAUUGCAAGGACUGGGUUCAAGAUCUCAGUCAAUUCCCCUUCGCUCACAAUCGGGCACUAACAAUAGCGGCGUCACAAUGACUCGACCUUCACUGAGGGUUCAAAUACCUUCAAGUUCAGGGACGGCAAUAAAAAGUGAACCAUCCUCUGCAUCGUCUCCAAGUCGCGGCACCAACAAUAUAACAUCCCAAUUUUCUCGCACUAACGCUGGUCAUAUCGAGCUGCCGCAUCCAGCAAACUCCAAGAAUAGCACCCCACAGUCAGCACACGCUCCCCUUCUACACGGGGGCGACAAGUUCCAAAAUGUUCAAUCAAGUGCGACUGGCAGUGGAACACUGGGGAAUGGGUUUCUGUUCAACGGGCUGCCUUCUGCGUUAAACGCCUCACCCUCUAUACAGCAGUACUUUGCUACUCCGACGCAAGCAAACCCUUCCGGAGGUAACGUAACGGUCGGGGCGGGGCUCAAUGGGAUCCAGGUGUCCCAUCCACAUGGGUUUUUAAUGCAGAGACACCUUCAAUUAGCCCAACAGCACCAAGGCUUGCGGCCACAGUCCUCUACAUCAGGAGGUCCAGCGGGAGAGUCCAGUUCAGGGCCCUUUACCGGAUCGUUGCCAUCAAAAUUCGCCAAUGACUUGAUAGUGGCUUCCCCAACGACUUCAAUGGCCAUGUUCCAAGACUGGGGAUUUGGGCGCCCAUCCGGUGGACCUGGGUCGGCUGCACAAGCCGGAAAUUUGGCCGACACGAACACAAGUGUCCCGCCAAAUGCUACGAACAACGAAAGCAGUGGGCUGACACCAUAUAUCAACGUCAAUCAGACGCCGUUAUCGGGCAGGUAUUUCAUAUUCGGGGAUCCGAAUGACGACAAGAACAAGAAGUCUUAA